AUGAAAUCAAAACAAUUUUGUAUUUAUAGUGUCUUUAUUUCCAUAGUAUCUCUAAUUGUCACAGUUAUAUGUUGUCCAUUACCAGAUAAUUAUUUUAAAUUAUGUCAUUGUGGUAUACUAAUUAGUGGUGUUAAUUAUAUUGAAUGUGAUCGUGAAUCAUUACAUAUUAUACCACCAUUUAAACGUUCAUUUCCCUAUGAUGAAUUAAUACUUAGUCAUAAUUUAAUUGAAAAUUUAACUCGUACUUCAUUUGAUAAUAUUAAAGGUAUUCGACGUAUUUAUUUAGAUAAUAAUCCAAUACAAUUUAUUGAUAAUGAUGUAUUACGUUUAUUAGGAAAUUAUUUAGAAGAAUUUGUUAUAUCAGCUAAUGAUAAAUUUCAUUCAUUAGAAUUUUUAUUUAAAUAUCCGUUAAAAAAAUUACAUACAUUAAAAUUAACACAUUUUAAUCUUAAAGAUAAACAAUUAACAUCAUCAUUAUUUAGUAAUAUGACACGAUUAGAAAUAUUACAUAUUCAAUAUUGUCAAUUAAAAACAAUUGAUUUUUCACAAUAUAUAUUAAAUAAUUUACAUACAUUAGAUUUACAAGGUAAUCAAUUGUUCUACUUAAAUUUAAAAUCAAUUAUAUCAUUGAAAAAUUUAAAUUUGGCAAAUAAUAAUAUUGAAAUAGUGAACGAUGUUAAUAUAAAUUUAGUAGAUAUAAUACCAACAAAUUUAAUUUACUUAAAUUUAAGUUCAAAUCAUAUUACAAAUUUUAAUUUUUUUCAUAAAUUAAAAACAUUAGAAAUUUUAUCAUUAAAUAAUAAUUCAUUGAAACAAUUACCCGAUGAAUUUCAAUUACCAUUAACAUUAAAAUCAUUUGAUCUUAGUUUAAAUCAAUUAAAAAUAAUAAAAAUUUCAACACAAAAAUUUUUUAAACAAUUAACAAAUUUAAAUCUUCAACAAAAUCCUCUUGAAUGUAAUUGUCAUUUACAAUGGUUAUACAAAUUUAUUAUGGAACAAGAACAACAGACGAAUUAUACAAAUGAAAAUGAUGACUAUUUAAUCAAAUCGACUUUUAAUAAUAAUAAUAAUAAUAAUUCAUUCUAUAUCAGUGCAUCGAAAUGGAUGUGUUCAAAUAAUAAAAAAUUUUUAUCAUCUAAUUUUCAAUGUAUAUUAAGUCCAAAAUUAAUAUCAUUUAAUUUAACUUAUAUUAAAGCUAUCGUACUUUCAAAACCAACAGAUGGUCUACUUCUACAAUGGCAAAUGAAUGAUCUUACCUUUGUAAAUUAUUAUCAAGUUAGUUAUGAAAUAGAUCAUUCUCAACAAUUACCAUUGGUCGUAUCCAAUCGUUUAUCAAUAAAUAUUAGUCAAUUAUUCAUUACUAAUAUUCUUCAAUAUAAACGUUAUCAUGUAUGUUUAAUUAUUUACCAUAAAUUUGCAAAAGAUAAGUAUUGUCGUGAUAUUUUAACUAUUAACAUAAUUAAAUAUUCAUUUCAAGUUAUAUCACCGAAUGAAUUAUUAAAAAACGCAGACAUUCUUCUUCUUACUACAACAACAUUGUCUAUCGAUCAAAAGACUAGUAAUCCAAUAGCACAAAUUAUGCUUAUCGGUUCAUGUGUUGGUGUAUUUCUUACACUUAUACUCUUGUUUACAUGUAUUUAUUUAUGUUGUAAAAUAAAUCGUUUUAAUCGUAAACAUUCAAAAUCUAUUCAUCAAGGAAUCUAUCAUCCACCAACGUCACAAUGUGCUGCUGUUACAUUUACAUGUUGUGAACAUCAUGAUAAACAUAAAUCCUAUUGUUCAACCGGUCAAUUAUUCAAUUUUCAACAUGGUUUAUCACCAUUACCACCACCACCUUAUCCAACUUCAACCUCUUAUCAUCAUCAUCAUCAUCAUCCAAUUCAUGUAUGUCAACAUUACAAUACGUUAGAAAAAACGUCAAAUUCAACGGACAGUAGUCAUUUAGACGAUUCACUACAUAGUACUAAACAUCAACAACAUAUAUAUCAAGAGAUAGCGAACAAUAAUACUUUCGAUAGUAAUGAACGUGAAACAUUUGACUUAUGGAAUAUGUCGAUAUCAACGGCAACAGAUACAACAACCACAAAUUUAACAAAUUCGUCCAGUAAUGAUGAUCACAUCAUACCACACACAACAAGACAAUCUUUAAGACAUAUAAGAUGA